AAUUAGAAAGCCCAUCCUCGACUGUCCAAUCCACAUCUCGGAUCCGAUGAAUCUCCAACUUCCUCUUUCCUUUUUUCUUACUUCCAUUACUUGAAGAAAACUGGACCUGAGAAAACAAGCAAAAAUUAAAUCUCACUCCAGACGCAAGGCUCGAUCUUGAAAAAACUCACGAUAUAUGUUCUUGAUGCAUCCAUCCGGUUUGUUUUCUCUUCUGUGGAAUUUGAUUGAGCUGUUUAUCUCCGUCUUGACUGUUGAGUUUUUUCACCAUCCAUCUGGUUUGUUUUUAACGAUGUCGUAAUAUUUUUUCCUGAGUUUCUUACCUGUCGAGGAUAUAUUUGGUUUUUCCUUCACUGUGAUUCAGCAACGGAUGGGUUGCUUAGCGUUUCUGGAGGCUUAUAAUUUAAUUGAGUGGCUUUGUGGAAUGUCUUACUUUGAUAAAUAUAUUGGAGGAUAGAAGCUCGUCCUUCUACUUCAAUCGAGAAAUUAAAGUUCCUGACAGUAAUACCAGAAAAAAGACCGCUAUUUCCUGCCCCUGUCCUUCGAAAGUUGUUGUAGAGCUCUCGUCCUCUGUUUGAUCGCAGAUUAUAAUUUUUAGCAACUUUUUUUUAUAAUUUCAGCUGGCUGUUGACGUUCAUUCCCAUUUUCAUAUUGCGCCCAACAUCAAAUUCUGCAUUAGCUCUGCUCAAUUUCCCCUGAAAACUAAUUAAUAGAUAAAAAACCCUGCAAUCCCCAAAUUCCAGUCUUCAUUCAAGAUGGGCCUAUCAAGCCUCCCUGCACCAUCCGAAGGAGUUCUCUGCGUCCUCCUUGUAAAUACAGCCCUCUCGAUCUCAAUUUUCAAAGGCAUCCUCCGGUCCAUCCUUCACAUUGUUGGAAUCCGUUUAUCAUUAUUAUCGUCGCCAUCAGAUUCCUUUGAGACGGCACCACCAGAGCCUUUUGAGUUUCGUGUAACACCAUCAAGUACUUUCAUGGAGGAGUUCCGGUGUCGGAUUCCAGCCAUUCGCUUCAGCUCCAUUUUUGACGAUAAUUGCUCUGACCAUGAGUGUUCUGUCUGCUUGACACGGUUUGAACCGGAUUCCGAGAUAAAUCACCUGUGCUGUGGUCAUUUCUUCCACAAGGUUUGUUUGGAGAAGUGGUUGGAUUAUUGGAACAUAACGUGUCCUCUGUGCAGAACGCCUCUGAUGCAAGAAGAAGAACAUGGAGAAGAAGAAGAAGAAGAAGCAUCUUCUUGCAUUUGGUAGACGAGUACCGGAGACUCACUGGUUCGUAUUGGGUGGGGGGUACUGCUGAAUGCGAUGGCACUCAUCUCAUCUGGAUUAGUGUGUACAUAGCUGUCUGUAUACAGUCCUAGGGCUAGAGGGGGCUGUUGUGUACGUGGGUGAGGAGGGCGUAUUUUUAAAUACGUGUCUUGUACGCUAAUGUUUUGCGUGAGGAUGAUGACAGCUUUUUGUCACAGAAAGUUGUUAGUUAGUGUACAGAUUUUGUAAAUUACUGCAACCUUCUUGGUUGCUUUGUUUUCUACCUUAACCUUAGGUUGUCUGCUUGCUUGUGUGUGGACUGUGGAGGUUCAGCUAGCAUUACCACCAAUUCUUUUUAGGUUAAUAAAGUGGCAGUUUUUUCUUUUUC